UGCUCGUUAGCUUGAUCGACUUUAUUUAUCAAAGCCCGGUUUCUAUUCAAAGUUUGUUAUGUAUCAAUUACUGAUUUUGCAAUGAUAGAAGGGUUUGGAUCUGAUGUUUAUAUAGGCCUCUUUGUGGGAAUUAUUUCCUUUAUUUUAAUAUUUAAACUUCUGCAUUGGAUUUUCGGGGAUCGCAAUGGGAGUGUACAGCUAAUUGAUGAAGUUAAUGAAGUAGAAGAUGGUGUUCGUCCCCCAAUUUAUAACCCUAACUGUUGUCCUAUUUGUCUUUGUGGACAAUCUCUUGCAUUGGAAACAAACUGUGGACAUUUAUAUUGUGGUACUUGUCUACAGAUGCAUUAUUUAAUAACUAGCCGUGGCGAUUCUUCAGGUUUUUUGUGUGCUAUGUGUCGACAAAGAGUUGUGCUUAUCUUUAUUUGCUUCAACCAGGAAGAAUGGCAAAGGCCAGUUGACCAUAAUAAUCUCCAAGCUAGAGAUGAUGUAUUAAGAUUCGUAAGGAUGUACAAUCGUAUUGUUAGGAAUGAUCUGACUAUGUAUUGGUUGUUAUAUGGCUGCCACUAUAAACAGAGCUUAAAUGAAGAACAAACAGGACAAUGAAGAAACCUAAGAAGAAUAUGGAACUAAAGAUAAGUCCUACUGAAAAGAUCAGACUGUCGUAUGAAAA